CAGGGGGGCGGGGAGUGGAGAAGCCUGGCCAGUGGGUCGGGGGCAGAGCGGAGGAGACCGAGCAGGCCGAAGAGAUGGAGAGCGAGGGGGUGCCGUGGGCCGGCGAGCCCGUCUCGGGGCCCGGCCCGGGAGGCGGCGGAAUGAUCCGGGAGCUGUGCCGGGGCUUCGGGCGCUACCGCCGCUACCUGGCCCGGCUGAGACAGAACCUGCGCGAAACCCAGAAGUUCUUCCGCGACAUCCAGUGCUCCCACAACCACGGCAGCCCCUCCUCCCCCCCGGGCGGCUGCGGGGCCGAGCCGGGCCCUGCCGGCGACGUCGCCGAGGCGGGCCUGCUGAGCUGCAUCUCCUUCCCACCUAAAGAAGAGAAGUACCUCCAGCAGAUGGCUGACUGCCUCCCCUGCAUCGUAAUCCUCGGCCAGGACUGUAAUGUCAAGUGCCAGAUGUUGAACCUGCUCUUGGGGGUGCAGGUGCUUCCUACCAACAAGCUGGCCACUGAGGAGAGCUGUAAGCUCCGCCGCCUCCGCUUCACCUAUGGGACUCAGACUCGUGUCAGCCUGGCGCUCCCUGGCCAGUAUGAACUAGUGCACACGUUGGUGGCUCACCAGGGCAACUGGGAGACCAUUCCUGAGGAGGACCUGGAGGUCCAGGAGGACAGUGAGGAUGCCGCCCAUGUUUUAGCCGAACUGGAGGUGACGAUGCACCAUGCUCUCUUACAGGAAGUGGACAUUGUGGUAGCGCCAUGCCAAGGCCUCCGGCCCACAGUGGAUGUUCUGAGUGAUCUGGUGAAUGACUUCUUGCCUGUGAUAACCUAUGCACUCCACAAAGAUGAACUCUCUGAGAGGGAUGAGCAGGAGCUUCAGGAAAUUCGCAAGUAUUUCUCCUUUCCCGUGUUCUUUUUCAAAGUGCCGAAGCUGGGUUCAGAGAUAAUUGACUCCUCUCCCAGAAGAACAGAGAAUGAAAGGUCACCCCUUCAUCACCAGCUCAUUGACCUGGGCUAUCUGAGCAGCGGUCACUGUAACUGUGGGACCCCCAGCCAGGACGCAAAAGCUCAGAGCAUGUUGGUGGAGCAGACUGAGAAACUGAGACACCUGAGCACGUUCUCACACCAGGUGCUACAGACUCGCCUGGUGGAGGCAGCUAAGGCCUUGAACCUGGUGCACUGUUGCUGCCUGGACAUCUUUAUCAAUCAGGCCUUUGACAUGCAGCGGGACCUGCAGAUUACUCCCAAGCGUCUGGAAUACACACGAAAAAAGGAGAAUGAGUUGUAUGAAUCCCUGAUGAACAUUGCCAACCGAAAGCAAGAGGAAAUGAAAGACAUGAUUGUUGAGACACUGAACACCAUGAAGGAGGAACUUCUGGAUGAUGCCGCCAACAUGGAGUUUAAAGAUGUCAUUGUUCCCGAGAACGGAGAACCAGUGUGCCCCAGAGAGAUCAAGUGCUGCAUCAGACAGAUCCAAGAACUCAUCAUCUCUCAGCUUAACCAGGCUGUGGCCAACAAGCUGAUCAGCUCGGUGGAUUACCUGCGCGAGAGCUUCGUUGGCACCCUGGAACGGUGUCUGCAGAGCCUGGAAAAAUCUCAGGAUGUCUCGGUUCACAUCACCAGUAAUUAUCUCAAACAGAUCUUAAAUGCUGCUUACCACGUUGAAGUUACAUUUCACUCAGGGUCCUCAGUCACUAGGAUGCUGUGGGAGCAAAUCAAACAGAUCAUCCAGCGCAUCACGUGGGUGAGCCCACCUGCCAUCACUACAGAGUGGAAGAGGAGAGUGGCCCAGGAAGCCAUUGAGAGCCUCAGUGCCUCCAAGCUGGCCAAGAGCAUUUGCAGCCAGUUCCGGACGCGGCUCAAUAGUUCCCAUGAGGCUUUUGCAGCUUCCUUGAGGCAGUUGGAAGCUGGUCAUUCAGGCCGACUGGAGAAAACUGAAGAUCUGUGGCUGAAGGUGCGGAAAGAUCACGCCCCGCGCCUGGCCCGCCUUUCUCUGGAAAGCCGUUCUCUACAGGACGUCUUGCUGCAUCGGAAACCUAAACUGGGACAGGAGCUGGGCCGCGGCCAGUAUGGCGUGGUGUACCUAUGUGACAACUGGGCGGGGCAUUUUCCUUGUGCCCUUAAAUCAGUUGUCCCUUCAGAUGAGAAGCACUGGAAUGACCUGGCAUUGGAGUUUCACUACAUGAGGUCUCUGCCAAGACAUGAGCGCCUGGUGGACCUGCACGGCUCCGUCAUCGACUACAGCUAUGGCGGGGGCUCCAGCAUCGCCGUGCUGCUCAUCAUGGAGCGGCUGCACCGGGACCUCUACACGGGGCUGAAGGCUGGGCUGACUCUGGAGAAACGUUUACAGAUAGCCCUCGAUGUGGUAGAAGGAGUCCGUUUCCUGCACAGCCAGGGACUUGUCCACCGUGAUAUCAAACUGAAGAAUGUGCUGCUGGACAAGCAGAACCGGGCCAAGAUCACUGAUUUGGGAUUCUGCAAGCCAGAGGCCAUGAUAUCAGGCAGCAUCGUGGGGACACCAAUCCACAUGGCCCCCGAACUUUUCACAGGAAAGUAUGAUAACUCUGUGGAUGUCUACGCCUUUGGCAUUCUUUUCUGGUAUAUCUGCUCGGGCUCUGUCAAGCUCCCUGAGGCAUUUGAGAGGUGUGCCAGCAAAGACCAUCUCUGGAACAAUGUGCGGAGAGGGGCCCGUCCAGAGCGCCUUCCUGUGUUUGAUGAGGAGUGCUGGCAGCUGAUGGAAGCCUGUUGGGAUGGUGACCCUUCUCAGAGACCUCUUUUGGGCAUUGUCCAGCCCAUGCUCCAGGGCAUCAUGGACCGGCUAUGCAAGUCAAAAUUUGAGCAGCCAAACAGAGGACUAGACGACUCUACUUGAAAGCAAAUACCUUUUUCUUUCAUUCUUUUAUUUCUUUCCCUUUCCUCACCUUUUGGUGAGUUCUCUAUGAGGAGAACUUGACAUUAUUCAUUACAGUGAGCUCCCAAGGGAGCUGUUGUUGGCUGGGCCACGUGAGACCUUUCCAGGCUGACUCAGGAUGGCUGUUCCCUCCCCCACCAACCCCAGCUGCCCCUUCAGCACACUGUCCAGGGCAUGAGUAGCAGCUGGAGAAUGCAGUGCUCUGGCUUCGGAACUGAAAAGAGAGUCCACGCUACCAUGGCCUGCUCACUGCCAAGUGGGACGCUGCAGUGCAGUAGUAUUCAAAGCUAUCGUUUUAUAAUUUUGACUCUAGUUAGGAAUAGUUUGGUUCUACCCAGUUAUCAGCACCCUUAGAAAAUUUGAGCUUGGUUCUGGGAUUGUUGGGACAUAGGAACAAAAAUAUAAUUUGUGGAUGCCUGGUUCCAGCCACCUACAACCAGCUCUCUGGUUGCAAAGGUCUGAGGCCCCAGUGUGGGAGCCAGAAACAGAGAAUGGGCUCUGUACGGCCAGUGAGUUUACAUGUAUGGGACGCAAAGGCUGACUUCUGGGGGAGGACUCCUAGCUGCCACAGGAGAAACAUACACACCUGUGAGCACACUAGUGGGUUUCCAGUUACUGCUAACCCAUGGACAUAGUAUGUUCUUCUCCCUGAGGGUUGGGACAAAAAUUCUAUCUCAAGAUGGGUAAGCACCAAUUAACCUGGUACUUAGGGGUGUGUGUCGAAUAGCACUGACCCAAGGUGAAGUUGGUGGCACCUGAAAAGUGGGAAAUGAUCUGGAGGCUGUAAGCCUCCACACAAAACCCACUAGAAGGCUACUAGCCUGUUUUUUAAACCUGAAAGGUAUCAAACACUUCUUUCUCUAUUCUAGUAACGCUGAUAUUUUAAAAACUUGAUCAAUGAGAUUUUUAACCAAAAUUUCUCCUGUAGUCCAUCCCAUCUUUUUAUCUUAGCUAAAGUGUCUUAUGGGGGGGGGGGUGGAGAAUCAGUGAGAACACUCUUUGUAGUGGUGUGUGCCCUCACCCCUGUGUGUGAGUGGGAAGGUUGCCCUCCCUGGCAGUAAGGAGGGGAUUGCGGCCAUUGGGAGAGCUUGUCACAAAGUGGGUAUAACAGGAGAGACUGACUCUGGACAAAAGAAGGGAAACAAACAUUGGUUCCUCUCGGAACUUGGCUUCAAACUUCCCUCCACCAAAAUGGUCUGCUAGAUUUAGAAAGUCAAGUGGGGAAGGAACAGAUGGUGGAGGUUGGCGGCCUCCGUCCACCCGCCUGUGGCCCGGCCCAAAGUGGGUGAAGUGGGUCCCUGAGUAGGGGUGAGCUGGUGGGCAGAUUUGCUCCUGAAAGUUGUUUGAGAUCUGUCUCCAUCCUUUGUAGCCAUUAGCUGGGUGUAACUGGAGUCUGUAAGAACGUUUUCCUGUGACUUCAAGUUCUGUUUCAACUCUUUGACUGUCUUGGAGCCUGAUAUGAUACAUUGGAACAUAGUAUCCCCUUCAGCACUUGCAGCUCCUCCCAGGCCUUGCAGAUGAUGAAGUGACCCAGUUUGUUGGGGUUCUGCCGGGCCCCAUCCCUGUUGAGGUGGAAUGUUCAGUAUCGCUUAGCAGUUUGAAAACCAACUUAGCGAUACUUUGAGUCACUCUUUUCUUCUCAGCAUUAGCUCACUAUCCUUUGGGGACUAUGAUGGAGCUUCCAGAAGGCUAAACUUGAAGACAAACAGGGAGAUACCGGCUCUGUACGAAAAUUUGAGGACGGUAUGUUUAGUGUCCUUUUUCCAGAUGUCUGUUAGCUCUCACCAUACAAGGAGUCUGUGCUCCCAUCACGGAGACCAUGUUCUCAGCAUUUUGCAAAGUGUUAGUGUCCACCCUCACCCCACAUGGGGCUCUUUGUCAGUUCAUCCCCUGUGGCUUAUUCUGCUCUCUGACACCGGUUUCCUAGCAAAUUGCCCACACCUUUUUCUUUUUUGUCUGUGUGGGUAGGCUAGAAGGGAGGGACCCAUUCUAAGAAAAGAGAUAAGUAGUUGUGUUCCAGUUCAUUUUUAAAAAGUAUUCUGAGAAAAAGUGAAAAAUACUCCUAAAGGUCUCCGGGCCAGCCAAAGUCCACAAACUGAUAUUUGGAGGUGUUAUUUAAACACUCAGCAGGCUGAGUGCAGGAAUGUCUGUAUAGUGCGCGUAUAUCUGCUUUUGUUUAUAAUGUUGGCUAACUUGGAAUCUUUGUUCCUCGGCACCCAUUACUAGUGGGAUGAUGGGAUGCCGGGAGAAGUACUGUAUUGUAUGUUACUUGGGAAGACACUGGGUAUUCAGAGGAGUCUGCUGGCACUUGGGCAGCAGAGGGCUUGGCCUGGUCAAAGUCCUGCGGACCUGGCUUUGGUGGUAGCUGCCAAGGCUUAAGAUGAGAUUGUGGCUGGGGGAGGGAGAAGGGCAAGAUGAAAGAAUUCUCCUUACCGUGCUGGGUCCUGCUAGGCAACUUAAUUACUACCACUUAGCCCCACCCUGAAAAUGAGCACCUGGCCAUGUUUAAUGUUCUCGAAGUCAAGUCACUUACUUUGCUUCAGAACUGAAUGGCGACAAACCUUCAUGCCGGGCAAUGGGGAGAAACAUUGGGGGCCUGGCACGGUAGCCCACCCUGGGCCCAGGCAGGUAGCACAGGUCAGUUGGGUGGGGUUUCCACAGAUGUCCUAGUUCCCUUGAUCCUCUGCAGAGAGGGGUUCAGGGCUGACUGGAAGGAGGCUCUGCUCGACCUUCCCAGACCAAAGAGCGUGGGCAGCGGCUCUGUCAGUUCCAAGAGAACAGACACCUCAUGUAAAACACUAAAGCUCAAGGGAGGCGGAGGAAAGGGAACGUUCCUGCCGCGGAAAUGGGGGGACAGUAAGGCCCUCACCAGCCAGGUCAGCUUGGAUACGUCUUUGUGUUUCUGCUCGAGCUCCCAAAGGGGGCCUGGGAAUGUUUUCCCUGAGGAGAGAAGCGGCCUGGGAAAGGAGUGGCAGGACCAGAGUGCUAGCUGCGCUGAGUGACACUUUAUUUCUUGGAUUUAGCACCGAGAAGCUGAGCGGACGCGGUGAUCGUAGUAGCACUUUGGGGAAUAGACGCGCCCUCUGGCCUUGCUAUGAUGAGGUGGCAGGCUUGGUGUCCCGACUGGCUGAUGGGGACCCCUUUGUCCUCACUCGCAGAGCGGGGUCAGCGGGACAGAGCGGGAAGAGCCUGUUGCCAGAGAGGAGCUGUUCUCUGAGUUUUCAAAACUUGAGUUUUUGGAUUUGCUGGAUCAAACAACCAGCCUUCCUUUUCAAGGACAAAAAAUAGAAUAUCCUUCUAAAUAGGAGAUGUUAUUUAAAUUAGAGUUUUAAAAACCUCGAUAGGGCUAGUGUGGUAACUCAGGUAAGCGGAGAAGCCUGGAGAAGCUCGUAUCGCGGGUGAUAUCACGGGAUGACGGUGCUGGGGUUACUCCCGGCGUCACUCCCAGGGUCACUCCCAGGGUCACUCACAGGUUAUGCAGGGUGUUACUCUUGGACCAGCCUGCUUUAUUCUGCUCUUUUGCUUAACAGAGUCGCAGGCCGCACGGACCUGUGAGGGCAUUGAGUGAGGAUUUACUGUAUGGCGGCCUCCCUUGGGGGUUCAGUAGCACCACUGUUCUUAAAAGGUUUUAUUUUUAACUUCAUCUGCUUUGUUAACAUCCAGUCCAGCCGAGGUGACCGCGAGCACCGUAGCGGCCAGGCAUCUUACCCAGACGAUUGGAAGGAAAAGUGGUUGGGUCCACUUGUUGUCUUUUGUCUUUAUGUAAUGUUUUUUGUUUGUUUUAAGGAACUAAUGUUUAUUACAAGGUUAAAUCAAAUUUAACAUACUAAGUGUGUAGAGUCAAAGUGCAAUAACAAGAGAAAAUUACGUUGGCACAAACUUAGGUCCUUACACUCCUCCUCCUGUGCUUUCUGGCUCUCCCCGUAAUAUUGUUACAGCAAGCCCCUGUUAAUUGUAUUCUUACCAGAUACAACUACGAGUUAAGUCUCCACUCAGUAUAUUUUGAAUGCUUGGAUUUGGUUUUGUAAGAGUAUUCUGUAUACUUGUUGGGAUGCACAAACACCAGAUGCGCUGCAUAAUAAAGAUUCCAUUGACGUUGUAGGCUCACAUCUGCGUGGCUUUUCUUUUCCUCACCUCACUUCCUGUGUUAACAGGACCACCUUCCACACCAUCCCACUGGGGCCUCUGUGGGCAGAGGACUCUCAGUUUGCCUGAGGAAAAGUUGAUGGAACAUGGAACCGUCCUGUGGGGCUUCCCCAGCCAGAGUUACUCUUGGUCUCUGGCCCUUGACAUUAGCACCACAGAGUGUGGGGGAGGGGAGCCGGCAGCAGGACUGCAGGGAAGAGUGGGGGCCAAGUGGGGUGAUACACAUUUGUUUUUCAGAGCCUUUCCUGGGUUCACACUUUCCCCCAACUCCUCAGCGUGAGCUGGCAGCCCGCCCAGCACACACAGCCUUGCUACUCGCUGCUGCCCUCUGAGAGCGCAGGGCUGUGGCGUACAAGUCUGUCCACUUGGAAUUUGUGCUUCGUUGACUUGGGCUCAUCCCACUGUUCAGUCACUUGCUCAGCAGUGCCUGACAGGCCCCACAGCAUUGCUGCACAGUGGCACCGUGUGGCCACCGUGCCACCUGCCACCUUCACCAUACCAUGCUGUCUGGCUUUUUGUUAUCAAAAAGUGCUUGUGAUUUGACUGCCACACAGAUUUGGGCAUAAGAGGGCAGUUCACAUAGUUGGUAUGUUUGUGUUUACAUCUUAAAAAGCUCAAGCUGGGCCC